CCCUCAGAGUUCAGCAGGUGAGCCCCGGGCCCGGAUGGUGGGACUGGGCCCGGGUUCCCACCGCAUCGUCCGCCUCAGCCAGAACCUUCUGGUCCCCGCCCCCGGAUAGGGACCCAGGAGGCCCAAGCCACUUCUUCUGGCGGGGAGUGGGAGCCUCUCGCACUCUCGGCAGCUUCAGACCCUCGGGAUCUCCGUUUACAGUUCAGGACCUCAGCUGCACUUUGGCGCUAACGCCCUGUUUCCCAGGACUGUCAAUGGCAGGAUACCAGCUCUGGUCACCAUGGACCCCACUGGAUGAGAGUUUCCAAUGGCUGCGGCACACGACACCUACACCUUCCUCCAAGCACCCAUUCAAGGCCUCCCCCUGCUUCCCACACACACCAUCUGACCUUGAAGUGCAGCUGUGCUUUCAAGAGGUCACUCUAGUCCUAGACAGCCCAUUCCUGGAAUCUGGAGUGAGUCCCAAGUCACCCUGCCACACAUCAGAGUUGCGCACGAUGAACAACAAAGGACUGGUCAGGAAGCCCCAGCCCAUCCGCCUCAGUGGAGUAGAUUCUGUCUUUGGCAGGGUUAUCACAGCUCAGCCACCAAAGUGGACCGGGACUUUCAGAGUUUCAGACAAGUCAGCCUUUUGCAAAAUCAUUAGCAGGGAGCACCAGUGGCCCAUUGGACUGAAGGAGCCUCAGAUUCAGAUGACAGUCACUAUGUGCAAACAGAUGCUGCGCUCUAUCCUCUUGCUGUAUGCAACUUACAAAAAGUGCACCUUUGCCUUGCAGCACUCCAAGUAAAGGGUCCUCAUUUGAUCCCCAUUUAUUCACACCAUGCCCUUUGGUAUGUACCUAAAGCUUACAGAAACCUGUCCAUGUAAAUGAAACUGUGACAUUGUUCCAGCCAUCUUGCUUUUGUUUCAAGCAGUGAUGAUUCAGGAGCCCCUUUCAUCCCUUCCCCUCCAAAAAAGGACCAAUAAUAGAGAACAAGGAAGAACAUUCCCAUUGUAAGGUUGAACCAUUUGGAGUCAAACUAGCAUUGACAUGUACAUGUGAUAACCAUUAAACAAAUGAUAUAAACCAA